UCUCCCUGCAAGGAAGCUAAGGAAACUCCACUCACUAGUUCAGCGCAGACAACAACAGCAAGGCUUCACCGUGUGCAGUUGCAGUCAUGCUCCGACCAAAGGAUCUGUGCCAGGGCUCAGGCACCAAGACCUUCCUAGAUGCCAUGCAAAGUGGCAAGGUGCACCUGGCCCGGUUCGUCCUGGAUGCCUUGGACGGGCGCAUCAUCAAUUCCAAGACGGAGAACAGCCGCACCCCUUUAAUGUUUGCCGUGUGCCUGCCGGACCCCGGUGCCCGGGUGAAGUUCACCAGGCUACUGCUGGAGAAAGGGGCGGACGUCAACUGCCAGGACGAGCACGGGCGCACUGCCUUGAGCCUCGCCUGCGAGCUGGGGCACCUUGAGGCCGUCAAGCUCCUGGUGCAGUUUAACGCCGACCCCGAGGUCACCGACGUCUGGGGCAACAGUGCCCUGAUGUAUGCUGCCUACGCUGGCCACAGCCAGGUCCUUGAGUUCCUGGUCCGGGCGUUUAAGAGGCUGGGUCUGCGGCUAGACCACACCAACCAAGCUGGCCACUCCGCCAUCCAGGUCGCCGACUUCUACGGCCACAACCAGUGCGUCAAGGCCUUGAACAUUCCCGGGAAGAGGUGCGUGGGUCCCGACAGCCCCCUCGGGGAUGUGCUCCAUGGGAAGGAGCUGGGGGGAGAGAGGAGACGGCCCAACAGGCUGCCCAAGCAGGUCCUGGAGAAGUUCACCCAGCAGUUCCAGAGCAAGUGUGACGACCACCUGCCCGUGGUGUUCCAGCGGCAGCUGAGGGUUGGGGAGGGGAACGGUCUACGGAGGCGCCUCAAAGGUCAGCAACAGUCCCCAGACAGGAAGGGCCAGCAACAACCCUUCCCCAAUCAUCUGCAGAGGCUCAGUGGCAAAGACAGCCAGGAUGCUGUUUUCACAGCCAGACAGAUACAGAACUGCAAGCUGAGGGACAUGAGAGGGGUGAAGACGUUGGACCAGAAUCCACAGGUAUGCCAGGAAGAGACGAACACAGCAAGGGUAAUUAUACCAGAGACACCAGAGAAGGGUCCAGUGUGGGGUAAAGCAAAGUCAUUCAACCUUGACCUCCUGACAUGCAGAAAACAGUCAUACCAGGGUGAUUCAUCUGAAACCAGUCAUUCCACUGUUAAAAUAAAGAGAGGGUCCUUGCAGGAUGAGCAAACUCUGCUGACAAAGUUUCCGUGUCAAGAAAAUGAUGCUGAAAAAUCUGUCACGGCACCCAAAGCUCUUUUAAGCGGCAAGAAAUCUCUAGAGUCGACGGAGGAAAAGCCAAGUCCAUACUGCAAAGAAAAUGAGAGUUGUGCUGUACUGGGGAAGAGGGAGUUUAAGAAGCGCACUAGUCUCCCCCAACACGGGCGACAGGACAAACUCCUCUUCCACAGAGAAGAAAUCGCACCUGAGAGGAUUCAGGUGCAUCCACCCGGAUUCACCGGACUGGGGACGCGAUUACUGCGGCGAUUCACUGCCCCUGAAUUUAUGAAACUGGUGAUGGACUUUCCCUCCGGCUCUGAACACGGCAGAGGAAAGAUUUCCCGUUCAGAGACAUUCCCUCUCUCACAUACGCAUCAAAAAGUUAACAGCCAGCCCAGUGUUGACAGCAUCAGUGGGGUGAACUGUGAAUUUGAGAGCAGUUGUGGCCGUCGUGUUACGCUCAGUUAA